UGUUUCAACACGGUAUCUUCCAACAUAUUUGUUUCACAUGUACAUACAUUCAUAUUCCUAAGUUAAGUCAUCAUAAACUAUUUUCAUAUACUUAGAGCCAUUCUUAUCUAUAGAUAAUUUUUUUAAAAAAAAAUUACAUCAAUGGUAUCAGUCCAUCUUCUUUUUAUUGAUUUAGGAAACACAAUAACCCGCAUGCAUCAUAUAGUUUAUGUCAAAAGAAAUGUCUACAUUAUACCCAAAAAAAAAAGUCUACAUAUUACGAAUAACAUUUUCUGACGUUUAGUUAUACAAAUACUCUAUAUAGACUUGACUCUAUAUUUUUAUUAUUAAAAACGAAUUUUUUUAAUUUUUAUACUAGAUUGAUGUUCCUGCAUGGUGCCAAAAAAAUAGAAACUAGUCGUUAUACUUCUAGAAAUUAAUUCCUUCUAAGUUAAAUCAUCAUAAACUAUUUUCAUAUAAAACAAAUCUUUUUAUUUAGAAAUUAAAGACGACAGUUACCUAAUACUAGUAUUCAAUUGCUUCACCAGACUGGUUAGUUUCUAAUUACUUCUUACAUUCAAUUCGGAAAUUUAACCUUUUCUUUUUGUUGAUAUAGCAAACACAAUACCCAGCAUGCAUCAUCUUGUUAAUGUCAAAAAGAAAGAAUUUAAGUUACUACAUAUUACGAGAAAUUAUUUUCUGAUUUUCAGUUUUAAAUACAUAUACAAUGAAGGAUUAAAGGGCGGCCUUUUAGCUUCAUCUACGAGCUAAAUAGGUGUAAUUGUUUUUUGAAAAAAGCUAAAUAGGUGUAAUUAUGGACUUAGUUAAGUUUUUUCAAUUCCAACAUGCACGUCCACCUACAUCCUUUCAUCUCAAACGUUUUACUUCUUGAUUACACCACUCAGACAAUAAACCCUUAUGAUAUCUCUCUAUAUAUAUCUUCGAGUGUCUCUGAGAAGAAUCACACUCUUUCAUAAAUAUUUCUUAUAUCCAUAGCAAUAUCCUUCACAAUAGUCGAAAAUGGCAGGUCGUAACAAGCAUGUUGUCUCUAAAACCUCUUCUUCUCUGGCUAUUGUCGAAGCUAACCCCCCGGCCAACAAAAUUAUACCCAUUGAAGCACCGAUAGUUUCUUCUUACAAUGACCGGAUCAGGCCGUUGCUCGACACUGUUGACAGGCUGAGGAACCUGAAUGUAAUGAGAGAAGGGAUCCAGCUUCCAACCAUUGUCGUUGUUGGAGACCAGUCCUCUGGGAAGUCUAGUGUUCUUGAGUCCUUGGCAGGGAUUAGUUUGCCUCGUGGGCAAGGAAUUUGCACUAGGGUUCCUCUUGUGAUGAGACUCCAAAGAAGUUACAGCACUGAGCCUGAGAUCUGGCUAGAGUAUGGUGACACAGUUGUUCAUACGGAUGAGGAACACAUCGCUAAAGCUAUUUGUGCUGCUACAGAUGUGAUUGCUGGAUCUGGUAAAGGGGUCUCUGACGCUCCUUUAACCCUCCAUGUGAAGAAGGCUGGUGUUCCUGAUCUUACCAUGGUUGAUCUCCCUGGGAUAACUCGUGUUCCAGUGAACGGACAGCCUGAAAACAUCUAUGAGCAAAUAUCUGCGAUGAUCAUGAAGUACAUCAAGCCUCAAGAAUCCAUCAUCCUCAAUGUUCUGUCAGCUACGGUCGACUUCACGACCUGUGAAUCCAUCCGCAUGUCUAGACAGGUUGACAAAACCGGUGAACGGACUCUGGCUGUUGUCACAAAGGCAGACAUGGCUCCUGAUGGUCUUCUACAGAAGGUUACAGCAGACGAUGUGAGCAUCGGACUUGGUUAUGUAUGUGUCAGAAACCGCAUCGGUGAAGAGACAUACCAAGAAGCGAGGAUGCAAGAAGAGCUUCUGUUCAGGACUCAUCCAAAGCUAAGCUUGAUUGAUGAUGACAUUGUGGGGAUUCCCGUCUUAGCUCAGAAGCUAAUGCUUAUCCAAGCAACGAUGAUCGCCCGCUGCUUACCUGAAAUCGUCCGCAAGAUCAACGAAAAGAUGGAGAUCAGUGUCCUCGAACUGAACAAGCUGCCAAUGGUGAUGGCUUCCGCAGGUGAAGCAUUGAUGACAUUGAUGGACAUCAUCGGCUCAGCAAAAGAGUCUCUCCUGAGAAUCCUCAUCCAAGGAGAUUUCUCUGAGUACCCUGAAGAUCAUAAGAUGCACUGCACUGCUCGCUUGGCUGAAAUGUUAAGCCAAUUCUCAGACAAUCUCCAAGCACACUCCAACGACGUCACCGUCGAUUUCUUGAUGGACGAAAUCAAGAUUCUCGACGAAUGCAAAUGCGUUGGCCUUCCUAACUUCAUUCCAAGAUCAGCUUUCUUGGCUAUACUGUCACAGUACGUCGACGGUAUCCAUUCCAAGCCGGUCGAGUUCAUCAAGAAGAUUUGGGAGUACAUCGAAGCUGUUCUCAUUCCGGUUAUUUCCAAAUACGCUGAAAAUUUCCCACAGAUUCAGUCUUCAGUCAAACGAGCUGGACGCAAUCUUAUCACAAAGAUGAAGGAGCAGUCCGUGAACAGAGUUGCUGAGAUCGUUGAGAUGGAGAAGCUGACGGACUACACGUGUAACCCUGACUACAUGACGUCUUGGACGGAGAAGACAGCUUCGCAGCAUAGCUUCGUCCUUGCUGUGUUGUACGACCAGGCCAGACCUGAGAACUUCUCUCUCGCUGGAUUUGGGGAGGUGAAGAUCUCUCAUCUGAGGAAGUACCACGCUCAUUUGCUGCAGCAGGCGUUUGAUAUGAAGAUGAGGAUCGCGUCGUACUGGAACAUUGUUCUGAGGCGGAUUGUGGAUAACCUUGCGCUGUUUCUUCAGUUCUCGGUGAAGAAUCUGGUGAACGCUCAGUUUCAGAAGGAGAUUGUGGCGGAGAUGGUGGAUCCUAGAGGCGGCGGAGGAGUUGAGAGGAUGAUGGAGGAGUCUCCUUCGGUGGCGAGUAAGAGGGAGAAGUUGAAGAAGAGUGUGAAGCUCUUGAAGGAGUCUAAGGACGUUGUGGCAGCCAUUGUUGAUCAGAACUCUGGUUAUGGAGGUCGUUAAAUUGUUGUUUCUGAAAUCGGAUCGUGUCCGGUUGCGUUUGUUUUUGUUGUGGUGGGUGUGGGCCCUUUUUUUCUAAAUUUUAAUUUUUCGUCUAAGUU